CGCGCCUCCUCCGCCGCCGCCUCCUCCUCUUCCUCUCCGCGCCUUCGCUCGGUGCCCGGCUGCCCGAGGCAGAUCCAGGCGGCGGCGGAGGCGGCGGGUGCAGGAGCGCGGCUCCCGGGGCAGAAGCCACAACUACCUCCGCCGCCUGCCCCCAUAGCCGGUGGCCGCCGGACGCAUCUCACGGAUCGGAAGAGGGAGCCGAGGCGGCGCGGAAGCACAGGGCUCGCCGGGGCCGGCGGGCGCGCUGGCCAUGCUUCUGGACGCGGGUCCGCAGUUCCCGGCCAUCGGGGUGGGCAGCUUCGCGCGCCACCAUCAUCAUUCGGCCGCCGCCGCGGCGGCGGCAGCCGCCGAGAUGCAAGACCGUGAACUGAGCCUGGCGGCAGCACAGAACGGCUUCGUGGACUCGGCCGCUGCGCACAUGGGAGCCUUCAAGCUCAACCCAGGCGCGCACGAACUGUCCCCCGGCCAGAGCUCGGCAUUUACGUCGCAGGGCCCCGGUGCUUACCCUGGCUCCGCUGCGGCGGCUGCUGCCGCCGCCGCGCUCGGGCCCCACGCCGCUCAUGUUGGCUCCUACUCCGGGCCUCCCUUUAACUCCACCCGGGACUUCCUGUUCCGCAGCCGCGGCUUCGGGGACUCGGCACCGGGCGGCGGGCAGCACGGGCUCUUCGGACCUGGCGCAGGCGGCCUUCACCAUGCGCACUCGGACGCGCAGGGCCAUCUCCUGUUCCCUGGCCUCCCGGAGCAGCAUGGGCCGCACGGCUCGCAGAACGUGCUCAACGGGCAGAUGCGCCUCGGGCUGCCGGGCGAGGUGUUCGGGCGCUCGGAGCAAUACCGCCAAGUGGCCAGCCCGCGGACUGACCCCUACUCCGCGGCUCAACUCCACAACCAGUAUGGCCCCAUGAAUAUGAACAUGGGUAUGAACAUGGCAGCGGCCGCGGCCCACCACCACCACCAUCACCACCACCCCGGUGCCUUUUUCCGCUACAUGCGGCAGCAAUGCAUCAAGCAGGAGCUCAUCUGCAAGUGGAUCGACCCCGAGCAGCUGAGCAACCCCAAGAAGAGCUGCAACAAAACUUUCAGCACCAUGCACGAGCUGGUGACCCACGUCUCAGUGGAGCAUGUCGGCGGCCCGGAGCAGAGCAACCACGUCUGCUUCUGGGAGGAGUGUCCGCGCGAGGGCAAGCCCUUCAAGGCCAAAUACAAACUGGUCAACCACAUCCGCGUCCACACAGGCGAGAAACCCUUCCCCUGCCCGUUCCCAGGCUGCGGCAAGGUUUUCGCGCGCUCCGAGAACCUCAAGAUUCACAAAAGGACCCACACAGGGGAGAAGCCCUUCCAGUGUGAGUUCGAGGGCUGCGACCGGCGCUUCGCCAACAGCAGCGACAGGAAGAAGCACAUGCACGUCCACACCUCCGAUAAGCCCUAUCUCUGCAAGAUGUGCGACAAGUCUUACACUCACCCCAGUUCUCUGCGGAAGCACAUGAAGGUCCAUGAGUCCUCCCCUCAGGGCUCCGAGUCCUCCCCGGCCGCCAGCUCGGGCUACGAGUCCUCCACUCCCCCGGGGCUGGUGUCCCCCAGCGCUGAGCCCCAGAGCAGCUCCAACCUGUCCCCGGCGGCGGCGGCGGCGGCGGCAGCAGCAGCGGCGGCGGCGGCCGCGGUGUCCGCAGUGCACCGGGGCGGAGGCUCCGGCAGCGCCGGCUCCGGAGGCGGCUCGGGCGGAGGCAGCGGCGGGGGCGGCGGCGGGGCGGGCGGCGGGGGCGGCGGCAGCUCUGGCGGGGGCAGCGGGACAGCUGGAGGCCACAGCGGCCUCUCCUCCAACUUCAAUGAAUGGUACGUGUGAGGGGCCGGCGCCUCUCUCCCUCUCUCCCCUGUCCCCACCUCGGCAGCGUGUGCUGAGGGCACCUUGUGAUCGUGUUGUUAAAAUUACCAAUCUGAUUUUUAUGAUGAUGAAAAUGAUUUUACCAGCAGAAGGAUUUUUAAAAAAAAAAGUUUUUUUUUUUUAAAAAAAAACAAAAACAAAAAACAAUCUAGGCAUGAAAAGCAAAAUAUCCCUCUGGAGUCUCUGAAGCUGAAAAUAUAAGAAAUUAAAAAAAAAAAACCACAAAAAUAUUGAACCAAACCUCCCUGCCUACUCCCGUGCCCACUUUCCUUCCCACGCUCUUCCUAGUCUUUUGACAAAUUGUACAUAGCGGACUCCUUCCUUCUCCGAGGUGAUUUUAAUGGCUUCUUGGUGUAUAGAAGUUUGUCCAUUUGUAAACUGGAUUGCGUUCCUUCCUGCCUUCUUCCCCUUCCCUUCUCCAAGUGACGGGCUUUUUCUUUUCUCUUUUUAGUUUACCCGGUUUCUUUUUUAAGUAAUGUGGAAGAAAAUGGUUUAUUUUGUAUUGUGGUAUUGAAUAUUGUGUUCCUUUUUAUGAGGCAACUUGAUUGUAAACUUC